AUGCGUCGCUCCGUCGGCCACAGCAAAUCACAUUUGGCGAUUUUCGGAGGAGACCUCAACAUCCGAGACGACGAGGUCCGGCAGGCCCUCCUCCUCCCCAACGGGUCCAAGAAAGUCGACAUUAUCGACGCCUGGGAAGCCAGUGGACGGCCAAAGGACUCUGAGUUCACUUGGGAUAUGCGGAUAAACGAUAACUUGGGUAUAAAGGGAAAGCCGAAAGCGAGAUUCGAUCGUCUAUACUUGGCCAACUCGGAUACCAUGAAGGUGUUUCCACAGGGCUUCCGACUCACAGGGACUACACGGUGUGAUAUGGAUGAGGUCAAGGGGAAGAAAAGAUUCCCAAGCGACCAUUUUGGUAUACAACUUGAAUUGAAAAUAGAGAUGAAAGAGGAGAAAAUCAUCGACUUGAGUGAUGAUAAUUGA